AUGUCGUCUUACACAACUUAAACGGAUAAUUUGGGUGCGUCUCUGGCGCCACAGAACAGAAAAGGCGUUACAUUUUGUCACACGUGGAAAUAUUCUGCCCGCUGGUGACAAACAGGCAAAGGACGAGAAGAAAAGAUCUGAGGGGAAUUUUACUCACUUUAAUUUAUUUUAAAAGCACGUAAGCUCCAGAAAAUAUUUCACAAAGGAAGAGGACGAUGAAAAGAGAGAGAGGGAGAUAGAGAGGUGGAGAAAGCACCUUGCUGUUGCCGGUGCCUCCGGUUGGCUGCGCUCUCCUCCCUCCUCUCUUCCUCAGCACCGGACAGAUACCGGGAGCGCACGGUGAACGCACGAAGGAUGAAUGAACUUUAAAUUUGCCUCACAACUUUCCCCCCCUCUCUCUCUCUCUCUACCUGACAGUUUCUCCCCCCUCCCCCGCCGCUCGCUGUUCCAGGAACGAAACCCCUAGAGAGGAAUAUCUCUACAAUGGAUUUACCGCAAUCACGAUCCAGUAGUGAUUAAAUAGAUUUUUUCCCCUCUCACCCUCUUUUCCUUAUUUCUUUGCGGAUGCUCAUAAGCUUCGUGAGUCGAGAUGAUGGCAUCAAUAGGGGAAUUCGAUCCGCUCAACACCAGAGUCCCCGCAACUAAAAUAGAAGUUACCGUGUCCUGCAGGAGUCUACUGGAUGUGGACACAUUCUCCAAGUCAGAUCCUGUUGUUGUGUUGUAUCUGCAGGCUGUGGGAACCAAAGAAUGGAGGGAGUUUGGCAGGACAGAGGUUAUCGAUAACACUCGGAAUCCUGAUUUCGUCAGGAAGUUUGUCCUGGAUUUCUUCUUUGAAGAGAAACAGAAUCUAAGGUUUGAUGUGUACAAUGUGGACUCCAGAAGCUGUAACAUAUCCAAACACAAGGACUUUCUGGGCCAGACCUUCUGCACACUCGGAGAAAUUAUCGGCUCCACAGGAGGAAGGCUGGAGAGGACCCUCUCGUAAGUCCCUCACACCCUUUCUAUUGUCUCAUUGUGAAAUGACUUCCCUCCUUUUCUGUUUAUUUAUUUAUUUUCUUUAAGCGGUGAAUCAUAAAUAGAAAUUAUGCACAUAAAUAAUUUCUUCAGCUGGGCAGAAUGAAACGAGUCCCCCCUCCAUCUUUUGUUUCAUUUUUAUCGAUGGCUGCUGGGGAAAACAACAUCUCACUGAUGCAGUGUGCACAGACUCGCCUGGCUAAAUAGCCUCAUCUAUUACAGCGUUAGAUCAGAGUAAGCGAGACCAGGCAAGCCUGCUGUAUCACUGCACUCUGAGCUGUUGCUCCUGAAGUAGUAUUGAGUUUUACUGUGUUGAACGAAAGUGGGAUGUGCAGUAGAAGUCAAUAUAACGUUGGAUACAGAUAUACAGAAUGCGCUCAUAUUUUCUGCCAGGCAGCAUGUUGAUAGUAGAAACCAAUGCUUUUUUUUUUCAGAUAAUAAAAGGUGGAUUAGUGUGCACUCUUUGUGAGCUCAACCCCCCCUAUUUUUUUCACACUGCAUCCCUGCAGUGUUAGAUAACACCCAGUGUUCUGAGGAGUGAACAAACUGCUGGGAGACAGAGAGAAAUGUGAGGUCAGAGCAGUAACCGGCCAGAUUUGAACCCAUUUUAUUGCAAGGACGAGGCAUCUCGCUUUUUCUCUGCCUAUACAGUUCAGAGUUCAUCUUAAAGGGUGCAAAGAAACAAUUCUUCUUCUGAGUGGCCCUCACAAUAGCCCUUUGUGGAGCAGCACAUAAAUUAGAAGCUGGAUUAUAUGAGCUCUGUGAGUGUCACUGCUCCUUUAUCGUCUUAAAUUUUGACUUAAAUUUCCUUGAUGUAAAUGAUCAGUGGACUCACUUUAUGAUAAACUGUCACUGACUGGGAAUGAUAUACACGUGACUGGAGGUUAAAUCCUGUGAUGAAGGUAGUCACACUUGUCGAAGUUUGACAAAAGAAAAUAACAUUUUUAGACUCCACAUUUCUCGCUCAUUUUUCUCUGAUCUACUACAGACUAUAGAUAAAAAAGUAGCCUUUUGGCUAUCUCUGGCAUGUUUAUAUUGAUCUGUCCCUUUAAAAUAGAUACAUUCAAAACUCAAAAACUUUGCUUUUCUUCAAAACAUUGUAAGGUACUGACAUGUACGCCACCAGGUAAUAACCACAAUUUAAAACCAUGCAAUGAAACUAAUCUGAGUUCAAAAAGUAUCUGACUCAGAACUGUGCGAUUCUGACUACACCGCACCUUGUAGCACUGCGCGGAUGUCUUUUCCUGAUUCUAAUGUGUUUAAAGUGUGUUAAAAAAUGGGACAGUCGUCCAGUCUUUACCCAGAAUCCAAAGGGAUGUACUUAAGCCUUGUUUUAUUCAACCAAUAGUCCAAAGCUGGAUUUAGUUUAUGAUAACAUCAAACAGAAAAAAAUAUUGGAGGUUGGUACCACAGACUGUAUAUAACAGAUGGAUGCAGACAUUGUGAUAUCAAUCAAAAACUCAAGUUUGUCAUUUUAACCAACAAUUUAUGAGAUUUUUUUUUUCUUUUACCAAACAUUACAAUAUUUGGGCAAGAGUGCAGAGGUGGGGAGUUGUCAUCUAAUGCUAGUGUUGGUUAGGGUUGAUUUCCCUAAACCAUGAAAUACUUUCUAGAAAAAGUGUUUGUUGAACCUGCUGACAAAUUUUAAAACAACAAAUCUAAAACUGUUUUGUAUCUAUGAGUUUUAAUUUGUAUUAUUUUUGCUAUAUCCACUAUUGUUGUGCAUUAUAUAACAAAGUUUUACUUAAAAAAUUAUUAAAUAUUAAUAAUACAUUUUGUUUUACAAUUUUUUUGUGUGAAAACAAUCACAUGAUAAUGUAGAGCGCUUAAAAGUUCACAAUAACUCAUGAAUCAGCCGAGAGAUAUAAUCUCUCCAGCGUGUCCCCGGUCUGCCCCGGGGCC